AUGUCUGCCGAAAAGUUAGUUCGAGAUAUUGGUGAUGUUUACAGCAAAUUAUUUAACCAUCAGGGUCCCAUACAGAGAGAAGUGAACUUCUACGUUCAAGAAUUUGAAACGAAGCGUAAAGACAGAGAAACUUCGCGCCUAAACCAAGCCAGUGUGAAUUGUGCUCACAUCGAAACUUUGCUUCCUGAUGUAGAAAAUUUGUCGAAAGAACAUGUUCAAACCGUACUGGACCGAACCGAAAAUGCGUUAAAGAAGGCAAACACUAUGCUGGAAAAUAAACUGCCCGAGGAAGACGUGGAGAAAGUCGAAGAAAGGCGAACAAGAAUGGAAAAAGAAUGGAAAACGUUUGAGGAGAAGACAAACUCUUCGCGAGAACUUGCAGAACAGUGCCAUAUUGAGAGAAUGGAAAAACUUAAAGAGGAUAUUGAACGUUUAGAUGAGGAAAUAAAAGGAAAAUAG